GCUCCCUCCCUCUCGCACUCUCCGUUGGCGGCUAUCUAGCAGGGGAGCAGCGCAGGCGCUAGGGUUUCGCGGCGCGAUGGAUCAUCGCGCUCUUCCCGGCGGUAGACGGCAGCGCGGCUAGCUGGAUCAAUGCCGCUCUAGCGGGGUUCUUGAUAGCCGGAUGCGAUAUUUCGUGCACUCUGCCGGCAUUCUUGGAAGAUCCAUGGCCGAUAGCGCAGCUCCUCCUCCAAUCCCACCGCCGCCGCCGCCUCCCGCGAGCGAGGAUGUGAUUAGCAGGAAUCCUCUCUCGGUGGGUGUGAUCAUCGGGAUUUGCAUUGGCGUGAGCCUCAGCCUCUUCCUGGCGACGUGCGCAGUGAUUUGCGUGAGGCUGCGGCGCGUCAAGCCGGGAUUGUUCCGCGGCAACAGCAGCGAGAGGAAGGAGAUCGUGCUGCCGAUGCGAGUGAAUGGAGCCGACUCGAGCACCAUCCUCUCCGACUCGGAUGUGGGGAAUCGAUCGCCAUCGCAGCAGCAGCAGCCCAGCGUCACUUCUUUCCUAAAAGCCAACAAGGAGUUAAAUUACAGCGCUGGGAUUCUUCCAUUCUCAUUUAAGGAGCUCCAGAAGGCCACCAACAAUUUUACUACGCUUGUUGGGCGUGGAGCUUUCGGCCCAGUUUUCAAGGCCGUUCGUCCCACUGGUCCAGUGCUCGCUGUGAAAGUCCUCGACGUGAAAUCCAAGCAAGGAGGGCGAGAGUUUCAAACCGAGGUGCUGCUGCUUGGACGACUCCACCACCGAAAUCUUGUAAACUUGGUCGGAUACUGCGCGGAGCGAGGCCACUGUAUGCUCGUGUACGAGUUCAUGAGUGGUGGGAACUUGGCAGAGAUCCUUUACAACGAAGAGCGCGCGGCUUUAAGCUGGAAGCUUCGGGUGAGCGUGGCGCAUGAUAUCUCGAGGGGCAUUGAGUAUCUUCACGACGGGGCUGUGCCUCCAGUGAUUCAUCGAGACAUCAAGUCUUCCAACAUACUGCUGGAUGCCAUGUCCACUGCUAAAGUGGCGGAUUUUGGGCUGUCCAAGGAGAUGACGUUUGGAGUCCCUACGUCGGCUGUCAAGGGCACUUUCGGCUAUGUUGAUCCACAGUACCUCUUGACAAACGUUUUUACCGAAAAGAGUGAUGUCUACAGCUUCGGGAUUCUUUUGUUCGAGCUCAUCACUGGACGGAAUCCGCAACAAGGCCUCUUGGAUUACGUGAAACUGGCUGCUUUGGGGGUGGAAGGCGCAGACGGCUGGGGAGAACUUGUAGAUCCCAGGCUCGAGGGGCAUUGCAACUUGCAAGAAUUCGGGCAGAUAGCUUCCAUCGCAUUUCGCUGCGUCAACGAAGACCCUCGACACCGGCCAAAGAUGCGGGACGUUUCACAGUGGCUAUCACGAGUCGGGCACAAAGGUGACGCCGCUUCCGGCUACAUUGCCGCCUUAGCACCGGUUCCAGAGGCACACCCGGAGGAGACGGACGUCUCAGAUGUGGAGUUUCACGGCUCGCCAUCCUAACAAACGGAAGCUCAACGUUUCUCAACCUUUGCUUUCUUGGCGGGAGGGCCCUGCUCGGUCGACUGCUCUGGUUGCGAGUCUUGGGGCUGCUCGGGGACACCACUGGGUGGUGUGGGCAUUGGAGGAGGAGGAGGAGCCGGAGGAAGCUGAACCGGAAAGAACAAGAACUGUCAACGAUCACGAACAGGAAAAAGAGACAAGAGGCUCACCUUGCGAAGAACAUUUCCCAGUAUCUGGUCGAUCCGGAGGAUUUCCUUGAGAUCGACACGGCCGGAGGUAUCGCUCUCGUGUUCAUUCUCGUCGUCUACAUCAGAGCAUAGUCAGGACGAACGACGCAAAACAGGAGGUUUGGACAUACCAUAGCCAAUCUUCUCGAGCUUUGCCGAGACUUGGGAGAAGGCAGCGGAGAUGUGAUGCACAGCUCGGGCCUAGAGAUCAAACGGGCGGAUCAUCAGAAGAAGCAGAAGAAAAGGCCUCGGGACUCACCACUCUGCUGCAAACAACGCUGUAGAGCAGCGGUGCUUGAUAGAUAUGGCUGUCAAGGAUAUAGUAGGCCGAGAGAUGCAACACUUUGUCCGGGCUCUCGCGCUUUUGCUUGCGGAGGACAAAGAGAUUGGGCUCCUGGGCUUCGAGCA